AUGAAUGGGACGCCGCGCGUGCGGUCUGGUGGUUUCCCACAGACCCCAGGUACCGUAGCCCCGAGGGCAAGACGUCAGUCUACGCCCACCUCUACACCCCGACAGCACAAGCCCGCGAGGCCCUCGUUGCCGCCCGCCCCCGAGAACAGGGGAGCCGCUGCCGCCGCCGACGACCGCCCGCCCUUGAUCCCCUUGACCGUCAUCGACGCCCCCAGCCAGCGCUUCUACGCCGUCGCCAUAUACUUUGCCCUCUUCGCCUACCGCUUCUGGGACUGGAUAGGCGUCGCCGAGGACGAUGCCGGCUCCUUCUUCCUCUUCCUCAAGUGGGCCGCCAUCGACUUUACCUACCUGUUCCUGGCCCUGCCCGCGUUCAGGAUCCCAUGGCUGGACCUGUCGCAGCCCGUCGUGCUGUUCAUGUACGGGUCGCAGAUGAUCCUGAACUGGAUCUUGAUGUUCAACAUUGAUGUCCCCUUCACGGCCUGGUUGCUGGGCGUCGUCAAGAUCUUUUACGACCGGGAGCUGUCCAUCUCCGAACACAAUGUCAAGGUCUCGAGCAUCCUGCACAACUCGUCCUUGAUCAUGGGCAAGCAGAUCAUCAACAUUCUCCCCGAGGGUUCUGCUCUGCUCAACCCGGGCAAGACGCCCUUCUGUAUCAGCCAGGCCGGAAAGAGCACAGUCACCAUCCCCAUCUACUUCAACGCCACCAUCCCGGCCGAGGUCGAACUCGUUCGCGUGGAUCUCGAGACAAACAGCGAGGAGGUCAUGAAGCUCGGCAGCUCCCAGAUUCGCGAGAUUGGGAAGCAGGCCAGGAAGAUCACCGACGACGCUUCCGAGACCUCGUACCGAUACGACUUCCCCGUCAAGAAGCCCGGCGCAUACAGGCUGAACAAGGUCCUCGACGAGUACAAGCUCGAGGUCCAGAGAUAUACGGAACCUACCUAUGUCGUCCCGUGCCCCAAGGCGCUAGUACGCCGUGCCGAAUCGUCCACUCGCUGUCUCAACGAGCUGUCCAACCUGUCCCUGGAUGUCCACGGCACACCUCCCCUCAAGAUUGUCUACAGCCGGACCAUCAACGGCAAAGACCACAGCUUCCAUUUCCAGAGUCUGCAGCCAGAUGGCUUCUCCUCCCCGCUACUCGGGUCUGCAAGAUCCUCCAGCAUAGUUCUUGCGGAUGGAGAAGAUGUCUCUUGGGCCAAGGCCCAACAGGUGGCUGUGUCGUUGAACGAGUCCAUGAGCCAGGCGGGAGAGUGGCAGUACUCCAUUGAUGAGGUUCACGACGUUUUUGGCAAUGUCGUCAAGUAUACGCAGUCAGGCGAAGAAGCAGAGGUCAAACCCAAGCCGAAGCAUCUGGUUCAGAACUUUGUGGUUCGUGAAAGACCACAGGCGACUCUCCGUGGCUGUGACUUGAGAAAUCCCCUCAAGGUCGCUAAGGGCCAGUCCACGGUGUUGCCCGUCAGCUUCAGCCUGCCCGGCCGGGUUUCAGACCGCGCGUCGUACACCCUGACUUGGCAGUUCUCCCCCAUCGACACUCUUACGAAGAGUGGCGACCAUGGAGACGUUGUCGAGGUUGGCACUUUCGCAGCUAAGAACUCGCACAGCCAGCCGACGAUAUCCGCUCCCGGUCUUUACACUCUCAAGUCAAUUGCCUGCGACUCUUGCGAGGGCGAGAUUGAGGAGCCGUCCUCGUGUCUCCUGCUCAACCCCUUGGAACCCAAGCUGUCUGUGCAGGCCGAGGAGAUCCCUGACAAGUGUGCCGGCGCCUCCAUUGGUCUUCGCGUUGACCUCGACCUCGUUGGCACACCGCCAUUCAAGGUUGUCUACGACAUCAGCAGCGACACUGAGCGGUCGAGAAGGGAGAGUGUUGUUGUCAAAGGUUUGCGGCAACAGAUCGACCUUCUGCCGAGAAGCGCUGGCCGAUACCAGUACAGAUUUAGGGCGCUUGAGGAUGCUAUUUACAAGAAUAUCCCCUUGCCGCUUGGGAAUGAGUACUAUUUGGAACAGUACGUCAAGCCACCGGCAACGGCCUUCUUCCAGGACCAAGCGUCUGUGGUCAGCGCCUGCCUGGAUGAAGCGGUGGAGGUCAACGUAGCGCUCAGUGGGGAUGGCCCCUUUACUCUCGAAUGGGAGCUAGUCCACGACGGAAAGAAGAAGUCUGAGAAGGUCACCGACAUCACCUCGGAAUCCUACAAGAUCAAGACAAACCCUCUGGCCCAAGGUGGAGAGUACACGCUUGCCCUGACCAGCAUUCAAGACAAGGCAGGAUGUCGAAUCUUCUUGAAAGAGGAGAUGAAGAUCAACGUCCGAAGGCAGCGGCCACGUGCUGCCUUUGGUCUGAUCGAGAACAAAAAAGCGGCCACGGUUGUCGAGGACGCCAAGGUCAGCAUCCCCCUACGCCUUUCUGGCGAUGGGCCUUGGAAGGUUACCUACCGCAAUCGUGACGGCGGAAGUGGCGAGCAAACCAAGGUUGCGCGGUCCAACAAUGACUUUAUCGAAACGACCGAGCACGGCACAUUUGAGAUCACUGAUGUGAUGGAUAAUCAGUGUCACGGACAGGUUGCCCCAGAAGCGUCGACCUUUGACAUACACUGGUUUCCACGACCAGAGCUGGGCUUGGUUCCUGCGGACAGCAUCUCUGAGAGGGGUGGCGUCUUCGUGAAGGACGAUGUUUGUGAAGGCGACAUCGACGGCUUCGAAGUCGCACUCAAGGGUUCAUCACCUUACCACGUCUCCUACGAGAUCAAGCACAAGCCAAGGUCAGGCUCGGGCUCCGUUGGCCGGAGAGAGUUCGAUGCGGUCAUGCCCAAAGCCUCGAUUGCCAUGGACACCGCUAAAGCCGGUGUCUACACGUACAAGUUCUCAGCACUGGCCGAUAACCUCUACAACAACGACAAGAGGAAGUUCCAGCCGCUCACGCUUGAGCAGACGGUAAACGCCAAGCCGUCAGCCUCCUUUGCCAAGCCGGGACAAAUCUUCAAGCUGUGUUUCUCGGAACAGGACUAUGAAGAAAAGAUCCCCAUCACCCUCCAGGGCUUUGCGCCGUUUUAUGUCGAGAUCGAAAUCCGUCACCAUUCUGGCAACAUCCCGGAGACUUUCCGAAUUCCUAACAUUCCGACCAAUACCUAUGGCAUACAGAUUCCACGCCAGUAUCUCAAACUCGGAGCCCAGACUAUCCGCAUCCGCAAGGUUCGCGAUGCUCGUGGCUGCCAGCAGAAGAUUGAGGUUGGUGGACCGUCUGUUCAAGUCCAGCUCUACGACGCACCGGCAAUCUACCCACUGGAGACACGAAACGAUUACUGCGUGGGCGAGCGAAUCGCCUAUACCCUCUCGGGCACGCCUCCGUUUGAUGUACAAUACACCUUCGCCGGGUCCCAGAUGAAGGCCAAGUCCCAAACUACCAACUUCCGUCGUAUCGCAGAAGCUCCUGGCGAAUUUGCCAUCACGGCAAUUAGCGACAAGGCCUCCGAUUGCCGAGCUGCCAUCAACCUCUCCAAGACCAUUCACCCGAUGCCGUCAGUCAAGAUCAGUCGUGGCAAGGUGGUCCGCGUUGAUAUCCACGAAGGGUCCGAAGUUGAGAUCCUCUUCGAGUUCUGGGGCACGCCGCCUUUCGAGUUCACCUACACGCGAAGCACGAACGCCAAGAAGGGCCAAAGACCCACCAUCCUCGAGACCAGACAUGAUAUCUCAUACGAGCACAGCAAGGUAGUGACAGCGAGCCUGGAAGGUACAUACGAGGUGGUAGCCAUCAAGGACAAGUUUUGCGCCUUCAGCACCGUCAACGUGGAGGGCAAGGAGAGGAAAGGUGGACAGAAGAUGUUGACCUACUAG